AUGCCUCCCAAAAAAGCAACUGGCGCGUUCAAGAAGGCCGCUCCCGCCGCUCACCCCUCCUAUCGCGGCAGGUUUUCACUGAUCCUGAGCCACAGGCCCCGCGUAAAUGCGAUCGUGGCAUCGCCCGUGUCCCGUCAAGCCAUCAAGAAGUAUGUUAUUUCGAACAACCAGAUCAACGUUGCCUUCCAGGCCACUUUCGAUGCCCAGUUCAACAAGGCCAUUAAGGCUGGUGUUGACAAGGGCGAGUUCACUCAGCCCAAGGGUCCCUCUGGUCCCGUGAAGCUGGCGAAGAAGGAGCCCGCCGCUAAGCUUGCGGCGAAAGUCACUAAGACUGCCACCGAUAAGACCACCAAGGCCCUCGCCGCCAAGAAGGCCGCUACCAAGAAGACCACGGCAAAGACUACCAUCAAGCCUGCAGUGAAGAAGACCGGCCCUAAGAAGGCUGCUGGCAAGCCCAAGGCUAACUCUGGCAACAUCCGCAAGACCACCCUCGCCCCCGCUGUUGUCGAGCAGCCCAAAGUCAUCAGCAAGACCAAGUCCGGCCGCGUUACCAAGACGACCGCCCCGCCCGCCAAGGCCGCCAAGAAGAAGCCAACUACCAAGAAAUAA